AUGUCGGCUACCCUCCAUUUCCACCACUUGGCUCCUCCCCCAAGUUACGCCCCCCCCCCUUCUGCGUUCUGGCCCCCCCCACGCGCACCCGUUCCUCCUCCCUGCCCGUUGGGGGUUGUCUCGCUCCCGUUGCGGUUUUCCCCCCUUACCACGGUUCGCUUGGCCCCCCCAUUCUUGCCUGUCUCUUUCUGGUUUCGCCUUCCUCCCGUCGGCUCUCGUUUCUUGUACCCCCUUGCUCUAUUGCCUGUCCAUGUGCCUCCGCUUAUUGCCUCAUGCCUGAUUUUCUUUUGCCCCGUCUUUCCUUCUCCCGUGCUCCCCCCCCCCCGCACGCCCUCCGUGCCGCACCUCUGCUCCUAUCUCGGAUCGCCAAGAAGGUCCUCAGCCCAUUAUCGCCCCCGAGCCUGUUUGCCCCCCGCCACUGCCCAUGCCCCCCGGCGUCUCCGCGAGCUCCGUCCCCCCCAUCCUUUGGAUCCUGAGUGUCUAACUUCUUGUUCGCCCCCUGCGCCUCCCCCUCCCCCGACGCCCCGCCUUCUCCUGCCGCUCCUUUCUGGCACGAGGUUCUUCGGCCGACGUUGCCUCCAUUCUGCCCGCUCACCUUGGGCCCUUGUGGCUCUUCCUCUGGACCUACCCCUGGGUUCCACUGGCUUUUCGCCGCCGAUGCCGCUGCUGGCUCCCUGCCACCCCCUCUCCGGCAGGCGUGUCCCCGGUCUCCCCCCCCGCAGAUUGGAUCCGUUGCCACCUAUUCCCCGUUCGCGGCUCCCCUCCUCGAAGGUUACUUGCCCUUGCAGCAUUGCCUACUCUUGGCUCCUCCCCGGCUGUGCCACGGCUUUUCUCCCUGGUGCUUCGCUUGCGGCACUUUCUCGGGCCACCCCUGACGGGUUUCUUGGUCCUGGCCCGACCCUCCCGUAUGUCAGUUGUUACGUCUUUGUCCGGUUCACGCCCGCCCCCCCCCCCGGGCCCCUCUGGCCCUUUGACCCUGCACUCCUGUCACUGGUUUCCCGCCCUGCAGUGUGA